UUUAGCUUGGACUACAGAAAAUUAUUUUUUUUAAAAAGGUACUGCCUGCUUCCUUGCUUCUGUCUGUCUGUCUUUCCACCUACCUAGCCAGUGUCUUCUCAAGACAUUCACUGGGGGCCUGUUGUUCGUUUCUUCCUGGUGCCACCUUAGCAGAGCAUUAAUAAAGGCUGCUGUGUGAGAGUGUGUGUAUGGUGCUAACCAUUAGGACAGGUAGUCCUUACUUUGAUCUUUGUGCCUGUGUCUUGAUUGUAAUGUGCAAAAGGAAACGCUGCCCGCAAGAGAUGGAGGCCUCUGCAUCAACAGCAAAGAAGAGGGUCCUCCCCUCAUGGAUGAUAGCAGGGGUGGCAGAGCAGAGAGAGACAAUGCCACCAGCGAGACCCAAGAGGAGGAAGAAGGCAGCUGAGGCAGGGACUGUGACUGUCUACUGUAUGAAUGAAGCAGAGCUAGUGACUGUGGCGCUGGGGAUACUGGCUGAGAAUUUGAAAUGCAAGGAAAGAGAAGACAAGGUUUUGUCCGAAAAUGAAGAGGAGCAGGGAUGCCAGCAGUUGCAGAUUGAUCCUCAGUGGAGUCCAGCAACUACAAGUGGGUCCAGAACACCAAAGUCAGGCACCAAGCCCCAGACUGAAGCUUUGGGCUGUGCUGACAGGACUGUGUCAGAGGAUGAGGACGACGAUGUUUUAAAAUAUGUCAGGGAGAUAUUUUUUACUUAAAGUCUGUUUUGCUGCUGCUGUUCCAAUCAAAACUAAUAUAGCAGGAACCAUUUUAGAGGACAGAAAAUUGGAAAGACCCACAAGGUUACUAGAAUGAUGGAUCUAGAAAUGAUGACAGCAGAGAUGCUUUUGGGAAGCCAGUGGUCUCUCUAUACAAAAUGAACGUGGAACUCAUAACAAGGCCUUAGAAAGACCUUUUGCUGUGUGUUGGCUAUGGGGAAGAUGAACACUGGGGUUUUUUUGUUUGGAACAUCAGAACUGCUUAAAGCGUUGGUUGUUUUUAAAAAGCCCCUUUGACACUUCUUCCUCUUUUGUGGAAAGGAAGUGAGCAUGAAGAAAAGCUGAGAGUGCAUGUAUGUAUGAGAGUAAACAGUUCCCAUCCAGUCAUGCCCUGAACUGGGCUUGCAUGUUCGUGACCAGAAUAUCUUGGAGAUACCUUGGAGAUGCUUGUGACUUCGGCUUCUUCUCCGUUUUUAAUACUUCUUCUACCCCUUAUUACCAUUGGGUCCUCCCACCUCACUUAGAACUGUGGGACUUCCUAACUGGCAGUCUUUGCACGGGGGUCAUGGAGACUGAAUUCUUCUCAGCCCUAGGUUUGACCUUUCAGGUCAGUGUGAGGCAGAGUGGGGAAGGUGUGCUGGGUUGUAGCCCUUGCUAACCCAGGAGUUCCUUCUGUAGGUUGUCUUUUAUCAACAUUAUGUUAAGUUUGAUAUCUCAACUUCUUAUUUUUCAAAUGAGUGUCUACUCUCUGGGAGCAUCUGAUGAUGUCCCUGCUUGUGGGUGCUCUCUAGGCUAUUUGAAAUCCCAUCUCCUUUCAUAAAGUAUACUAUUGGGAACUUGGGCCAGUCGCAUGGGUGAAGUAGGCAGCAGCAGCAAGUUGCCUGCCAGAUAGCAAAGUAGUGUUUAAUUCUGGCCUUCCAACAUUCAUCCCAGAGCAUGCUGAAAGGGAACAUCAGUGUGAAAGGGAGGGAGUUUUGAAGUAGGUGAGGGCAGCAGAUUAGGGGUGUGAGAGCGUGUGCCCUCGUGUCCACCCAGCUGCAUUAGAAUUACCUUAACGUCGGGCUUGUCUUUCCCACUCGUGUGCCAUGCCUUGAUGGUAUAAUGAUAUUCAAGAGGAUGGAUGACUCUGAGCAGAGGUCAGUCUGGCAGGGACCACGGUCUUCUGCAGGGCUGCACCUCCCCUUCACCCUGCCCCUUUCCUCUCCGGUGGUUGGUCACUCUUCUCUGUUGGUCAGGAGUGUGAGAUACCUUGCAGAGUCUCUGCUCAAGCUCAGCCAGGUUAUUUACCCUGUGGUUCUUUGGUCUCGGUUUCUUCUGGCUGAGCCUUUCCUUGGCUGAAUUGAUUGGGUUAUACUCUACCCAUCCUCUUUUCUCUCCUUUCUCUUUGUCAUCAUUUCUACUCCUUCUUUCUAGUGACUCUUAAGUGUCUGUGAUUAUUCAUGAAUUAACUCCUUUCUCACUUUCUGUUCUCUUCCAGACUUACUUCAGGCCUUGUAGACUAAACCACUUUUAAAAGACUUAGUUGUAGGGAAUUAGGGUCCUGUAACCAUAGAUCAAGGACAAAAGAGAUCCUUCUCUCCAUCUGGACUGUAUUUACACGGGGGCAAUAAAUCAAAAGGUGAGAUCUCUUA